AUGGAUGAAACAUAUCUGAAGAAUCUCGAAACGGCGGCCCACAUUAUCAUGGCCCCGCCAAACUCCAUCACUAACCAGCAGCGUCAGGAAUCGGAGACCCUGUUUACGAACUUCCGCAAAACGAAGGCACCGUACGCACUCUGCCAGACGGUGCUGGAGAAGUCGUCCGUCGAUUUGGUGCUGUUCGAAGCGGCCGACGUGCUCAAGAAGGCCAUCGUCGGCGAGUGGAAGUUUAUCGCCGAGCAGGAUCGCGUGUCCCUGCGGCAGUACCUGUUGAACUAUGUUAUCAACCGUGACAUUCCGGUGUUCAUCCGGGACAAGCUGCUCCAGGUCGUGGCCAUCAUGAUAAAGCGCGCCAGCCUCGAAGAUCACGGCAUCGAGCGCGGCCAGAUAAUCGAGGAAACGAAAAAGAUGCUCACUUCGGGCGACCUGAAGCAGCAGAUUCUGAGCUGCAGCAUUAUGCUGGCGGUGCUGGAGGAGUACUGCACCAUCGUGCGCUCGGACGAUACCGGGCUGAACACGCUGGAACACUUUAAGGCAAAAAAGCAGUUCGAGGACUCGGACCUGCUGAAAACGUUCGUCAUGACGCUGCAGGCGAUGGUGGAGGUGGUGAGCGCGUUCGACGCCACAAACAGCGUGCAACUAUACUUCUUCAAGCAACUGCUCACCGUGAUGGAAACCGUUCUGACGUGGGGUUUUCUACUGCCGAACCUGCAGAAUGUGCGGGUCAUGCAUACGCUCUCGAAGCGCAUCAUUGACACAUCGGAAACGGUGACGAAGGCACUUCAUGCACCUCCGCUGCGGCUGCAGGCACAGUGGAAGAGUGUCAUUCUCGAUCCGAAAGUGAUGGAAGUGUUUUUCCACACGUACUGGAAGACGCGGGAGAUCGACGAUCUGCAACCGAAGGCCCUGAUCUGCAUCCUGCAACUGUCCACACUGCGGGGUCCGAUCAUAACGGAAAACAUCGACGAAAGCAUGGCGUACCUGGCCAACUACCUGACGCACUUUCUGUCGAUGCUGACAAACAUCGAAAUCAAGGACAAGGAAGCGUACAGCUUUUCGUUGAUCCUGCGCAAGCUGUUUCAGUUCCUACCGGCCGGGAUGCUCAAGAUGCUGCCAAACUCGCUGUUCGACGCGUCCAUGCAGCAGUGCUUCACGAUGACGAUGAAGUUCUUUGAGCUGUCCGCGGCCGAAGAGUCGGCCUCACCGGACGAAGCCCUGUACAUUGACGCCCUGAGCAACAUGCUCGGCAUAUGGUUGUCUUUUUUGAACGACAAACAAAAUUAUCCGAUCGAACCGAUGCUGCCGUACAUUACGCAAAUGUUCGAAAAGUACGUCCAGUGCCACCUGGCACCGCCGCAGGGCGUGCGUGGCUGCGGGAGCCGUGAGAACGACGGCGGCGAGAACGAGAUCUCCGACAUCGACGAACCGGACCGGGAGCGUUUCAAGGAGCAGCUGGCGAUCAUGGGGUUUUUUGGGCGCGAAAUUUUGCUCCACGCGCUCGGCCUGCUGGCCGGGCUGCUUGAGGACCGAACGCGCAAACUUGGCACACACCUGCACAUGCUGCACGCCUCCCAGUCGCUCUCGAUCUCGGGCGUGGCAAGUUUGGUGAAUCUGUUCGAGGACAUCCACUGGCUGCUGCUGAUCAGUGGGCACGUGAUGGCGAUGGAAUCGGUGGGCGAGGUAGCGUCCAUUCCGAAUGUCAUCCUAAGCAUCUGCGCCCAGCAGGUGGACGCCGGAGUGACCGAUGUGUCGACCAGCUUGAAGCUGCUGGCCUCUCCGAACCAGGACAUACAGGAGCUGCCGAACGCGGAGGCAAACGUGGACCCGGUGCUACGGCUGAUGGCGGCCGGCUUUCGGUUGUGUGAACUGGAAAAAACGGCCAUCGAGGUGCGAAUGUACCAGUUUCUAAGCCCCGAGCUGAGCACCACGUUGCUGUGGUUCCUCCGGCACUGGUGCGACUCGUACGUGAUGACGAUCGACAAGUCGACGGCGAACAACAUAUUCUCGAACGCAUUCGGCGUCGGCACCGGAGGGGCCCUGUGGGUGAUCAAUUAUUUGCUGAACAAAAUCUGUCUGAACGCGCAGCACCUGCGGGCCGAGCAGGGUGUAAUGGAGGAGAGCAUUGAGCUGCUGUUGGCGCUGCAGCGCAACAAGGUGCGCUCGCAGACCAUCUUCAACUCCGAGUACUUCCGUUCGAUCUGCGAUCUGAAGAGCUUCGAGCUGCAGUCGAGUGUCAAGCGAAAGUUGCUCCGAGGCUUCGUGACGAUCGCUUCCAGUGUCGAGGGCGAGGAAAUACGCACCGAGUACAUCACGCGCAUCGUCCAGGGGACGAAGGAAAAGUACAGCGUAGUGCUGACCACGUUCCAGCAGCAGGCGCACGUGCACCAGAGCGAGCAGUUCAAGGAGCAGGUGAUCGAGGUCCUCGAGGAAACGAUCGGCUGCGUGCAGGGCGCGUUUGGCAGCCUCAUGACCAUCCUGUUCCACGAGAUACAACCGAUCUGCAAGCAGCUCGCCAGUUUUAUGUCGGUCUACAAAAACGACACGAUGAUUGUGGAGCUUGUUUUGGAACUGCUGAACGAGCUGGAGCAAUCGGCCGAUGUGAAAAUGGUCCGUAUCGCGGUGCACCAGUACAGCAUGGACGUGAUAAGCGUGUACGUUAAGAACAACACCAAUCGCAUCUCGCUGGAUCCGACCAACAACGAGCGGGACCCACAAGACUUGAUCCUCAUCCUGAAGCUCAUCAACGGCCUCAGUAUGCGCAAUGUCGUCAAUGACGACGACGAAGAGACGAUCCAGCAGGCGUCGGAUGUCUGCAUCUACGGGCUGACAAACAUUGUGCCAUUGAUAACCGCCGAAUUGAUACGCUACCCUGAGCUCUGCUAUCAGUACUACAUCACCAUUACGACGUUCGUGGAGUCCAAGUCCUAUGUGGUGCCCACGCUACAUCCGGAUUUUUUGAAGCAGAUGGUAUCAUCGGUAGAGCUUGGACUGACAUCGUUCACGUCGGAUGUGGAACUCAAGUGUCUCGAGUUUAUCGAGGCCUUCGCCCAGGUCGUGCUCUGCCAUCAGAACUCGGAAUCACAGGUCGCCCAGCUGCUGCAAUCGUUCCUGAAGCUGAUGCUUGAUAUGACGAUUGGGCGAAAGAUUGACUGCAACAACACAACCGACUGGUAUAAGGCCAUGUUUUCGGUGGUUUGCUGCUUCCCGCAGACGUUCAAGGACUUGGUGCAGAGCUUCCUGCAGGAGCACGUGGACAGCAGUACUGACAAGGCGAAGGAAAUGAUCAACGAAAGCUUGAUGCGGUUGAACCAGAUUGAGUUCAUCAACGUGCGGUUGAUGAAGAUUCGGUUUGUCGAUUGGUUCGAUCGCUUCGUUUCGCUGGUGAGUCUUACGUAUAGGAAGUAAUUUAUUACACUACGCCACAGCUGCAUCGGCUGUCGGUGCUGUCCGCUGGGAGGAAGGAAAGCUUAUUUUAGUUGUUUCUUCAAGAGAGCACACACGCUACCGUAUUGGAAGUGACCACGGAGUAACGAAGGAAGAAUUCAACACCAAUCUCAGUGUACAGUGAUUAUUAUGUAGACCGUAAACCCUCAGAAUUCCAAACAAUUGUCAGUCUUGAGAAUUGAGAAUCGUUUCAAUCGUUUUCUGUAGCCAACGUACGUACGAACAAGCGUGCGUCGUGUUUAUUUCCGUUUGUUGGUAGUCUGUUUAUUAAUUCUUGUAUUGAACGGUGAAUUUCCGCGUUGUUUGAGUACGCAAACGCUUUUGUACGUUGUAUCGAAUGGGAGUUUACAAUACUACCGUCACGUGGCGUCCCCGUAACGUUCGUUCGAGUGUGACUUUAUUAAUGUGUACUCUACUGCAGGCAGACGGAUGCGGGCCAAGAGCAAAACGACUCAAAGAACUGUGUAGCCAAGUGUGUGCAGAAGAUAGAACGAACCGAAGCACUCUGCACUGCAUUGCGGUUAGCUAGGGGCUUAAGACAAUUGUACUUACCGAGACGUGCACGUGCUCGAAUAUGAUACGUUAGGACAUACAUUUUCAAACAAACCAAUAUGAUCGAACUAUAAACUGUACUAACAAAAAUGCAACAACAACACGGUCAGUGAUAAAGAGCGAAGAGAGAAACCCACACUCAAUAUUGAUCAUUACACAAGUUUCUUAGCUAUUCUGGCAAGUGGCAAACGAAAGUGAUACAGACUUUUCUACAAAAGAUCGCACUUGCGCACUUUACCUCUUUUUUUAUUUAGAUAGAAACGUAGAGAUGCGUUCAUAUAAGCACGAUUUUUGCAUUCUGCAACGCACUGAAUUGUCGACAGAACGGCGGCAAAUUAAAAGGUGGGCCGACGAGUGAGUGCAACCUUCUCUCUCAAAUUAAGUACCAUUUGAGGUUAGCCAACGCGCGCUACGCUAUAAGCACCCCGAAACUAAGCCGAACAAGGCACCUAAGUGAGGAGCAUCCGAGUAGGUGCGAAAGGCUGUUGCUGUGAAGCGUUUAGCAGCGGCCUUCUUAGAUACGUUCGCUUCUGUUCGAACACAGUUUCACUCGCUGAAAACACCCCACAGCUGUUACAAUCAGAGGUGAAGCGAUACAGUGUGGCUUGUUGUACUCUUUACGAUACAUUGUUCUAUUAUAGAAGGUUCGUCACAAACUUCAGGGCCAGGUCCGUUGGCCAGUUCGCGGGGGAUUAGUUUUUCAAUGGCUUACUGACUGACACGUGAUAAUUGACGAACAAGAAGAGGUGAACCGAUUUCUAUUGGUAUAUCAUUUUGUACUCUGAAAGUAGUAUUGAUAAAAAAGUGACAAAAUUGAAUCUAGGAGAGUAUGGAAUUGUAUGAAGAGAAUCGCCCUCUUUUGUGCAGACCGAUAUGUUUAUACCGUUCCCUUACAUCAUCCAUUUCCACUGCAAGGUGUAGCGACGCCGGAAAUCAGCAUCAGAUGUUGUUGACAAUCUGUGGAACGACUCUCACGGCGUUCGUAUCGGUUCCGGGUUCCGGGUAACAUUAACACCGUUAUCCUUUCAGCGGAAUAGAAGACGGUGAGUGUUUUG